CAGCAGCAGCAGCAGCACGAAUAUUUCAGGCUGGAUAGAGGAGCAUGUCCAGAACCCGGUCACCGCUGUGUGUUGUUGUUGCCGGUUAGCUGAUGGAAGUGUAACAAGAGCAAUGACAGCCACAGCCGUUGGUGUAUGAAAAACCAUCGGACUACAGACUGAAAUCAGGAAACACCGGAUGAAGCAGCGUUAGCAGGAUGGCAGGAGUGUUUGACAUAGACUUGGAGACUGAGGACAUCAGUGAUACAGAGGAUGAUGUCUGUGACUUCACUGUGACAGAACCAGAGAAUGUUCAGAAGGAGGAGGUGGAGUUGACCAGUGAGAGUGUCAACAGAGACAGUGAGAUAGUUGGACCAGACUGCUUUGAGCUUCUUACUGUGCUGGGAAAAGGAGCCUAUGGCAAGGUUUUCCAGGUGAGGAAGGUUCAAGGUGCCCAGAUGGGGAAGAUAUUUGCCAUGAAGGUCCUGAAAAAGGCUAAGAUCGUGUGUAAUGCCAAAGACACGGCCCAUACACGAGCAGAGCGGGAGAUCCUAGAGACGGUGAGGCACCCAUUCAUCGUGGAUCUGCUCUACGCCUUCCAGACUGGGGGAAAGCUCUACCUCAUACUUGAGUGUCUAAGUGGAGGGGAGCUGUUCAUGCAGCUGGAGAAGGAGGGCAUCUUCAUGGAGGACACUGCUUGUUUUUAUCUAGGAGAGAUCACGUUGGCCCUAGGUCAUCUCCAUUCUAACGGGAUUAUUUACAGAGAUCUCAAACCUGAAAACAUCAUGCUUAGUCACCAAGGACACAUCAAGCUAACUGACUUUGGCCUCUGUAAGGAGUCAAUUCAUGAUGGAACAGUCACACACACCUUCUGUGGCACCAUAGAAUACAUGGCUCCAGAGAUCCUUACCAGGUCAGGUCACAACAGAGCAGUAGACUGGUGGAGCCUGGGGGCCCUGAUGUAUGAUAUGAUGACCGGAUCGCCUCCAUUCACAGCUGAAAACCGGAAGAAGACCAUUGAUAAGAUCCUGAAGUGUAAACUCAAUCUGCCCCCAUACCUCACCAUUGAUGCCAGGGACCUCAUCAAGAAGCUGUUGAAGAAGAAUCCAGCCCAAAGACUUGGCUCCAGUAAAACAGACUGUGCAGAUAUCCAGAAACAUCCGUUCUUCAGGCACAUUAACUGGGAUGAGCUUCUGAACAAGAGAGUGGAGCCACCAUACAAGCCACAGCUGCAGUCAGAUGAGGAUGUGAGCCAGUUUGACACCAGGUUUACCAGACAGACACCAGUGGACAGUCCAGAUGACACCACACUCAGCCACAGUGCAGAGCUAGCCUUUGCUGGUUUCACCUACGUGGCUCCAUCGGUCCUAGAGAGUCUAAAAGAAGGCUUCUCAUUCGAGCCCCGAACACGACCUGUGCGCCGACACAACAGCAGCCCGCGAACACCCAUCAGUCCCCUGAAAUUUUCUCCCGCCGGACCCUUCAAAUCCAGCAUGGACAGAGAGCCGGACCCUUUCUCUCCCACCUCUCCGCCGGCAGCUCCAGUUCCCGUGGCACUGGAAAACGGAGCUGCCAGUCAGCCGAUCAGGACCCCUGCAAGGAACAAGAAGCAGAAGGGCCAUCGGAGAUGAGGAGGAAAUAUUCAAAGAGCUAGCCUAUGCUGCAAAACUGUGGUCAGAUGAAUAUUUUCGAUGGUAUACAGGAAGUGUUAAGGCACAGAGUUGAAGUGUUUUGUUUUUUCUGGUAUCAUGCUUUUUUUUUUGAAGUGGUUUAACAGUGGUCUCUGAAAAGCCAAAAGCUAUCAGUUUGCUUUUUUUCCUGUCAUAUUCAUCUUAGAAAGUAAAUACAGAUACAGCACUACUUGGGGCUUACUGUCCAGCUCUUCCUGUUUGUCAUGAUGACUGUCUACAGGUACAUCACUUUACCCACAUUUCACUGGAUCAAUGUGGAACUUUCAUGCUUUUACUCCAACUAGAUUGAAGAAGCUCAGUUUCAUCAUUGUUCUCAGAUGGUUAUGUUACUGUGUACAGCUUCUGUAUAUCUGCACUUGUAGUUCUGUCACACUGUGGCAUUAAUAUAUGGAAAAUAAUGGCUUGUGUACAACAAAUAACACAGAAAGAGGGAAACGGACUAACUGACUUUUUUUCUUCACUGACUUCCCUAAAUGCAUCAUGAGCUGCCAAGGUCAGGUUUUUGUAUGUACUGUGCAUGCUAAUAUGAUUACAGUGAAGGGAAGCUGUGAUAUUAAGUUUUUUUUGGGGUUUAAUGAGUUAAUCAGCUUUUAAUUAGUUCAUCAGAGUGUGUGCAAAGACGUCGGCUAUCACAGGUUGACGUUUUAAUUAGAAAACUGAUGAAAGAUCAUUUGAUUGGAGUCCUGAUUUUUUUUCUUUUCCCCCAUUAAGGUUUAAAUGUGAAACUGACCUUCAGGCGGUCAAGUUUUCAACUAGGCUGCACGACCCUCCUCCAUGUAGGAAGAUUACGUCAUGUGUUGGGGUGGGACUGUAUCAUAUAGAAAUCUACUGAAUGAUUACUGCAUCACACAUAAGGUAAUUAUAUUCAUGAAUGCCAGGUUUGAUCUGUAGUGAACAUUUCUGUCUGAAAAUAUGGCAACUUUCUUCAGUGUUUGUAAUUUCAUGUUUCUUCAUGUCGACUGCCAAAGUUUCGCACACAUGCUAUCCUCAUAUUGUACAAACGGACCAUUCACAAACAGACCAGAGAGCACUUAACAAGAGGGAAAUACUGUAUUUAUGUGUUUGGAUCAAUAAUAAAACAUCCAUAUAAUCAGUACAAUGUGCAGUCAUAGCAGGCUGUUAAAAGUGGUGCUCAGAAAACGAAUUAUAAUCUUGUAUAAAAAGAGUAUUUUGGGUUACUGAAUGAACCUAUUUUUACACAUGAAAUUUAGGUCAAAUAGUAUUUCGUAAAAUCAUAGAUAUUCUGAAGUGCUUGCUUGUCAUUGCCUGACAUACCCACUAAGUCAAAGCUUCAGUCAGACCUCGGAUGGAUCACAGAAAGGUUAUGAGGUUCGUUUGAUGCCAAAAUUCUUUCAGUGAUUUUUUUUUUUUUUUUUUUU